ACCAACAUGCAGCAAGCAGCACAAGGACCACGCGUACUCGCAAUCGCAUUCGCAAUCGCUUCACAAACCUCCUCUUGCCCUCCUUCCCCCUCCGCGACGCUCAGCAGGACACCGAGAGCAUUGAGCUACUCGCACUCGCACUCGCGCACACUCCUCUCCUCUCCUCUCCUCUCUCCAUCGCCAUCUGCCCAUCUCAUGCAUCAUGGCCAACCGCACACUCAGAAGGGGCGAAGCGUCAUCAGGUGGGGGCGGCGGCGGCGGCGGCAAGAGCGCAUCUUUGAGCGGUGCGCUCUCCUUUGAGCCCAGCUCGCUGAUUUAUGGCAAGAAGCUGAGCGAAUCAGAGAUGGAGCGAGCGUUGGAGCAGCUUUACAUUCCCAGAGCAGAGGAUGGCAAAGUGGAUGCGCGAGGCGUAUCUCAUCAGUUGUUGGUGCCUCAUCGAGGUCGCAUGUCGCGCGUAUCCAUCAGACCUACCAAACCCUCCACCUUCGAUGCUCAUUGGAAAUACUUUAGUCAAGCUACACCCCUCGCUCUCAAUGUCAAGAAGAGCGCGCAGGAUGGGCAGGAUGAAAAGACGGUAAAGGAUAGGAAGAGGGCAGAGGCGAGGGAAGUCAGAGCUCAGGGUGGUCAGGCCGCCGCUACUGCCAAGAAAGUGGGAGUGAACAAGGAAUUCUUUAGGCAGCUCAAGGCCAUUUUGCGAAUUCUAAUCCCCAACACUCGCUGCAAAGAAGUUAUUUUGCUGGCGCUGCACACCGCUUUUCUCAUCCUGCGCACAUACCUCAGCGUCCUCGUUGCCCGACUGGACGGCUACAUUGUCAAGAACCUCGUCACUGCCAAUGGUCGUGGGUUUCUACGUGGACUGGGACUGUGGUUCGCCCUGGCUGUGCCCAGCACAUACACCAACAGCAUGAUCCGAUACCUACAGAGCAAGUUGGCCAUCGGUUUCAGAACUCGUCUGACGCGCUAUGCCCACGACCUCUACCUCUCGCCCAAAGCCAACUUUUACCGCAUCAUCAAUCUGGAUGGAAGGGUAGAAUCUGCGGAUCAGUACAUCACCACCGACAUUGCUCGUUUCUGCGAGACCCUGUCUGCUCUGUACAGCAACAUUGCCAAGCCCACUCUGGAUAUCAUCAUUUUCAAUUACCAGUUGGCGAAUGCUAUUGGUGGAAGAGGUCUGUUCGGGCUGUUUAUCAGCUACUACUUGACCGGGAGGAUUUUGCGAGCUGCUGCCCCGGCAUUUGGCAAGCUGGCAGCGAUCGAAGCCAAAUUGGAAGGCGACUUCAGAGGCGCUCAUGGUAGACUGAUUACGAACGCCGAAGAGGUGGCCUUUUACAAUGGAUCCGCUAUCGAGGAGAGUAUCCUCAAUAGAGCUUUCAAGAGGCUCGUCAAGCACGUUGGAAGCAUCUACAAGGUCAGAGUGGCCUACUCCAUGACGGAAGACUUUGUGCUCAAGUAUGCUUGGUCGGCUGCGGGCUAUGGUCUGAUCGCGAUGCCGUACCUCACUGGCAACAAAGCGGGGAGCGCCGACGAAGGUGGCUCCACCGCGGCGUCCAAAGAUGCCGGUGUGGCAGCGCGCACGCAAGGUUAUGUGGGCAGCAGACGUCUGCUCCUGAGCGUGUCGGAUGCCGGUUCGCGUCUGAUGGCAUCCUACAAGGAUCUCGCCGAAUUGGCCGGCUUCACCAGUCGAAUCUACGUUUUGCUUCAGGUGCUGCAUUCCCUGGACAGAGGGCACUACCAAUCGCUUCCUCGACCGGACGACUUGUCGGCCCAUCAACCUUUUUACGAUUUGGGAAGCAUCAAGGGAAGAGUGACGCGAGGAUCGGAGGAUGUCGAGCUUUCCCACGUGCCCAUCGUUGCGCCCGCACCUGGAGUGGAGAGGGGAGGAGAGGAGUUGGUGAAGGACUUGAGCUUGCGCGUCAAACCUGGCAUGCACGUCCUCAUCUCUGGACCCAAUGGGGUGGGCAAGACGGCAGUGGCGAGGGUCUUGGCGGAGCUUUGGCCCGCUUUUGAGGGGGAGAUGCGCGUGCCGGAUGCGAAGCGCACGAUGUUCUUGCCGCAAAAAGCCUACUUGACCACGGGAAGUCUGAAGGAGCAGAUCAUCUAUCCGCACGCUGUGCCUCAAUGCAGCAAGACGGAUGCGGAGCUGAUGGAGAUCUUGGGAGCGGUGCAUUUGGCGUACGUGGUGGAGAGGGAAGGAGGCUUUGGGGCGAGAAAGACGUGGACGGAUGUGCUUUCGGGAGGAGAGAGGCAGCGCUUCGCAUUUGCCAGGCUGCUCUACCACGCUCCGCGAUUCGGCAUACUGGACGAGACUUCGAGCGCAGUGUCGACGGAUGUGGAGGGGUUGAUGUAUCAAGCUGCGAAGGAGAGGGGCAUCACACUCAUCACCAUCUCUCACAGACCCAGCUUGAUGCGCUACCACACGCACCUCUUGCACCUUGGCGGAGAGGCCAAUAGUUGGAAGUUGGAGGAGCUGGAAGGUUCGAACGAGGCGCUCAGCUUUGAGGAGGAGAUCAAACAGCUCAAGAACCAGCUUAGGGAUGUGGAAAAGUGGGAGAAGAGGGUGGAGGUGAUCAAGAAGGAGCUGAGUCCCAAGGCGUAAGGUUUUUUUUGUAGAGGUUUGUGCUGCUACUCCUCAAGUACCUCCUCUACUCUCACUACACUCCUCAUCCCCCCCCCC